CGGAAGUGCACACAAGCGCGUGCGCGCGGACCCACAUGUGUUGAGCUUCUUACAGCGCUGUUACACACACACACACACACAUCUACUCAGCACGAGGAGGUUAUUAACGUUUAUAGCGCUCGCACACGUACAAACAUCAGAACGUCACGGUGUGGAGACAGAGCUCAGCUCACAGGAGUGUGUGUGUGUGUGUGUGUGUGUGUGAAGAUACGGUGAGAUGCUGCACGAGCCCCGGUGGCGGAUUCCCCCUAACGCUCCCGCGUGCAUGGAGAGACACCUGGAGUGCGUGCGCUACCGCACAGAUGGUGUGUUCCUGCUCAGCGCCUCCAGUCUGGCGGGUCGGUGCUGGUUCGGUUCCAUUUGGAUCUAUUCGGACUCUAAACUGGCCCCUAAUGAGGGAUUCUGUAAGGCGGGGCUUCAGACGGAGGCGGGACUUAAUGAGGUCAACUGGCUGACAGACAGGUCCAUCGUCACGGCAACCGACUCCGGAGCGGUUGAGCUGUGGGAUUUGGCUGAAGAUGAGCGCUUGUUGGUGAACCGGUUCAGUCGCCACGAACACGAUCACGUCGUCACGACGGUCAGUCCGGCGGCCGACGCUCAUCACGCUGUCAGUGGCAGCAUGGACUGCAGGGUUAAAGUUUGGGAUCUGAAUCAGGAGUGUGUGAUCAACACCUACAGCGUGCACUCCCUGGCAGUGAGCCGUGUGUCCUGCAGCCCGACUGACCCCUCCCUCUUCCUGUCCUGUGCUCAGGACGCCCGGUUGUUGCUGUGGGAUCGUAGAAAAGCCAAACCUGCCUCUCGCUUGGAAGUGGUUUCUCCGAGCUGUUCUGUGACGGCUGUCGUGUGGCAUCCGAACAAGAGCAGCACCAUCGCCUACGGUGAUGAGUUGGGCAGGGUAACUGUGACAGAUUUCCAGGAUGCAGGACAAACACAUACGAUGAACACACACACACGCAGAGUGUCGGAGCUUGCCUUCUCCUCACAUAGUUCUCCUCUGCUUGCCUCAGUGAGUGAUGACUGCACCGUCGCUGUGGUGAACACAGAGCUCAGAGAAAUUUACAGGGACAGGAGACACCAGGACUUUGUGCGCGGUGUGUGUUGGACUCCAGGCGGCUCAGACGUGCUGACCACUGCGGGGUGGGAUCACCAGGUCCUCCAUCACCACCUGCAGGAGACACGCGCUUAACACACACACACACACACACACACACACACACACACUUAGCAUACGUCAUUCUCACACACACAUACUUACUUGUUUCAGUGUUUAAUAAAGUGUGUUAAGUCAAA